GGCUUCAAGGAGCUCAAGGAGUCCGAGCCAUGGUGCAAGGGGGACCUGAUCAAGCCAGGAGGGAGGUACUACUACACCCGCAACUUGUCGACCCUGGUCGCGUUCGUCGUCGGCGAGAAGUUCGAGGCUGGCGGCGGCUUCCACGUCAUCGGCGCGCACAGCGACACGCCAGUGCUGAAACUGAAGCCGUGCACGAAGAAGUCGAGUGCUGGAUUCGUGCAGACGGCGGUGCAGUGCUAUGGUGGUGGGCUCUGGCACACUUGGUUCGACCGCGAGCUUUCGGUCGCGGGCAGCGUGAUAGUGGCCGACGGCGACGGGUUUAAGAAGCGGCUCGUGCACAUCAAGCGGCCGAUUCUGCGGAUCCCUACGCUCUGCAUCCACCUCCAGAGUGCGGAGGAGCGCAACGCGUUCGCGCCCAACAAGGAGACCCACCUCCAACCGAUCUUGACCACGAUCGAGGACAUCCUCAACAGGCCAGCCAGCGGCAAGCCGGAGGAGACGAGCGGCGCUGCGCAGCCGGACCCGAGGCACGCGCCCGAGCUCCUCAGCGUCCUUGCAGACGCCCUCGGCUGCAGGCCGGAGGACAUCAAGGACUUUGACAUCUCGCUCUGCGACACGGUGCCCGGCCAGUUUUGGGGCGCCCGCAACGAGUUCUUCUCGGCGCCGCGCUUGGACAACCAGGUGCACUGCUACACGGCCACUCGGGCCCUCCUGGAGCACGCGACGAAGCAGACCGGGUCCGAGACCGCUGUCUCGAUGAUCGUCUGCUUCGACCACGAGGAGGUCGGCUCUGACAGCCUCUCCGGCGCUGGCUCCCCGGUGAUGCUGGAGGCGGUCGAGCGGGUGUCUGGCUGCUUCGCGAAGGGCGACGAGGAGAUGCACAGGGUGUCGAUCCGGAAGAGCUUUCUCCUGUCUGCCGACACGGCGCACGCAGUGCAUCCCAAUUGGGUCGGGAAGCACGAUGCGGGCCACAUGCCCAUGAUGAACAAGGGCACGGCGAUCAAGUCCAACGAGAACCAGAGGUACGCGACCAACUUGGAGACCGGCUUCAUGCUCCGGGAGAUUGCCCGGCAGGCGGGCGUCGCCGUGCAGGAGUUCGCCGUCAAGAACGAUUGCCCGUGCGGCAGCACCAUUGGCCCCAUCAUAUCGUCGAAGACGGGUAUCCGUGCCGUCGACCUCGGAAUAGCGAUCCUCUCGAUGCACAGCAUUCGCGAGACCUUGGGAGUGGCCGAUAUAAUGAACAGCCUUGUGCUUUUCAAGACUUUCUUCUCGAGGUUCCGUGCCCUGGACGACGCGUGCAUAUUUUCAUGA